CAAACGUAAUGUCGGUACCUCACUCGGAUACUUUACCUUCCCUCCGAUGAGAUCACUUUAGACCCUUGAUACAUUAACUUUGACCGUAGAAACUAGAACAAGCUCGUUGCCUUGGUUCUGACUUACAGUUGUUGUGGAUGGGAUUUUACCAGGUGUUUGUGGCUCUUGACAGAUUCAAUGAGAAGGCAGACGCUACAGAGGAAGAUUUCAAGCCCGUUGAGAAGUGUGUAUUGGUGAUGCGUUUAAUAUAAUUGACAGAGCAGCCAAGGUUGGCUUUGUUCAGAGGAACAAGGCAGGGCAGCUGGCCUAUGUAAUCUCAGGUUGUUGAUUGUCGGAUGUCACAAAAGGCUGAUACUCUCCUGUGAGGAGCUCUUCUCUUCUCAUAGUUCUAAGCAAUUUCUUGCCUUGUUCGGUCCACAACUGCAGCCAAUGUCGUGGGUGACUGCCUUCCUCUGGUGGUCCGCUCGUUUUGUCAGUUUCAGCCCUGUCUGAUGGGCUGCUGUGCGGUGAGUAGAAUGGAGUUGUGAGAGUUCCUUUGCUUAGUCGGUGCGGUAGCUUUUGACAUAUGAGCCGUUAUGCUGCUUAGUUCUUUGGCGUUGGUAACUUCGACUCAUCCAUGCGUCAUCGCCGGUUGCAAUGUUCCUCUGUUGGCAGUAACCAAUUGGUUGCUCAAGAAGGAAUUAAUCAAGAUUCUCAAGCCUGCGAGUUUAUUUUGCUGGUCUAUCAGUGAAAAUGUUGUUAACGUUAACGGAAGAAGAGAAGACUAUCGAUCCGACCCUCGGAUACCCUGCCGGCUAUGCAAAACUCUGUCAUCAUGCGUUAACCCAGCCUCAAGGAGUUCUGACACCUUUCACGGAGGGCCCUCCUCAACGAUUUGUGCCUUACGCUCCUUCAUCAGAAGAAUUACUGCUGAUAAAAGAGUGGGACGCCAUUUUUCCCAUCAUACCAGAUAUUGACGAAGAAGCUCCUAAUGCCCAUGAAUUCGCCGAAGAGAUCUGGGAGCAGCUUGAUCACCUUGGGGAUGCGGGAUUUGAUCCAGCAAAGUUUAGAGUGGACGCAUAUGGCAACGUUCUUUACUGGAGUGCGGAUCCAUCAUCACCUUUGUCCUGGGAAGUGGAUCAUUGGUUUCCACAUUUACGAGGUGGUCGUACGGUACCUAGCAAUUUGCAGAUAGUUCAAUGGCAGGCCCGUCAACGGAAAAAGAACCGGUUAGAGUUCCUGGUACCGUGGUGGGACCUUCAGCAUGGAGUAUCUAUUAGCCAAUUCUUGUCUACAUUCGCUUCUAAAAACGUUGAAUUUAGGCGGCGAUCAUUUGCUUUAUUUUUUGCAGAUGGAGAGGAUGAGAAAGUCUUUCGAUACCAUUUGGGAGACAGUCGAUCAUGGUCGCCUCAGCAUCGUGGGAAAAUGUCAAGUUGCAGUAUGGCUGGAGGUGGCGUCUCGUCCAUGGGCAAGGUUAAACUAGCAACUUCUAAAGUAUCAAGUUCGACUCGUUCUGCAAUGUCGGCCAAUCUCGGGGGGUCACUGACUGAAUCAUCAAACAGACAACAAUGGAGUCCUGAGGAAGAGGACGGAUUAAAAAGAGGCCUACAAAAGUAUGGACCAGGCAGCUGGAAGGAAAUUAAAGAACAAGAACCAGUGCUACUGAACCGAACAAUGCCUCAAAUCAAAGAGAAGUAUCGAGUCAUGAGAGACUUUGGGAAGGAAAAUAUUGCCAGUACUUCUGUUGUCACUGGUCGGAAUGACCACGACAAUCAUUCAGAUGUCUCAAAUACUAUGCAGAAGGAAUUGCGACUGAAGAAAAUGAGGGAGGAAGGCAAGAGAGAGAAGGAAAAAGAAGUUGCUCGACUUGAAGAGACAGUUAGGACACUAAAAGCACAAAACGAGAAGGAGAGGUUAGCUAUUCUGGAGCUAGAGGGCAACUUAUCGAAGCACAAGCAAAAAGUGGAAAAGCAAAGGAGAUGGGCCGAGACUCAAUCUUCAUAUCGGUUGUGCUUGGAGCGUAUGAUUCGCAAUGCUAUGCAUCAGAGUAUUUCCUAUAAAGAGCAGGCUUGUCAAAAUCAAGCCGCAUGCAAUGCCCUCAUGGCACGCCUUGACUGCCAAGAUAUGACUUGCGAAGCAUCUGAGAAAAUUCUUCAGAGGCAUUCUCCGCGGGAGGCUUUAGCAGCUUUGGGGAUUCCGGGAUCCAGUGGAUCUGGUCAGAGGAAACCUUCACAGGGGCAGGAAAUUGUUGACGUAAACAGUCGUUUGUUUCUAGUCUCCAAAAAUGAUGGGCAGGUCGUGGCACCCUGCAGAGGACUUCAGAGGUACACUUCGGGACUGGAUACUGAGGACGAGAUAGAGGAAGGAAACUCUCCGAGACGGAACGGAUUUUCAAUUCAGUCAUCAUUUUUGGACGUGGCUGCUCUGCAGCAUGGAAGUCCAUCUACAAGCAAAGGAAAAAAGAAAUUGCCACGAGAAGGGGCUAAAAGGAAAGCCAUCUCAAUAGGAGCCACGCAUGCUCAACCUACAAAACAAGCAGUCCAUCGUCAGCAUUUUGAGAAAGGACUCGAAGGCAAUGGCCCGAUGCGAAGCAAACUUAUGGAUGAGAAAGAAGGCAGCAAGCUUCCCGAUUCACAACAAGAGAUUUGUCAAGUUGAACCGCAUGGAGUACAAGGGGAUAGCAGUAGAGUCAUGGAGGAAUUGAUACAAGAGGUCAUCAUUGCGCAACACGAUAAGAUCCAGAAUGUCGAGGCGGCAGCUCUUGAAUCAGUAAAGUCGAAUGAUCAAAGACUGAAGAAAGCUGGGAAGUCUAACAUCGACAGAUGGUUGCAUGUGUUACUUGACGAGGCAUUCCCCAGAAUAAGUCCAGACCUCGCGGCUCAAUCCUCUGAAUGCCAAACCAAUGGUCAACCUCCUCUUUCUCCAGAUCUGUCAGCUCUUAGCAUGGCUGCAAUACGAGGGAGCGUAGAACUGGAAGAAGGCAGGGGCUCUCCUAAACUUUUGAAGAACGGAUGUGCAGAGGAUCUUAAAGGGCGUUUAAGUGAGAUUAUGCGGAAAUUGAGUGUGGGAAAUACUGGCGAGGAGAGUGGUGUGGAUCUCUCUCGAGGCCCGAACAACAGGCUUGGUCUGAGGAAUACGUCGACAUCCUUUGAAGGUUUUAAAUUGAGUGAUAGUAGCCUACAUGAGCACCUUCAAUCGGAGUCAGUGUGUGACAUUACCUCAUCCAUUCCAGAGUCUGUCAGAAAUUGGCCAGAAGGUGGAAUCAAACCAAGAGGAGGAGCCGACUGGUACAGAGAUUCUUCAUCAAACAAAGUGAAGACUUCGUACAGUAAGUCUGUGAAGGACGAGCCUACUCUAAGUCAUUGCCUAAUCCUGCACAAGAAGUCAGUUUCAGAGGACAUGGAAGGUAUUGACUGGGAGAGACUUAGCAGCGGAAAUUCAAGGGCUCUAGUUGAUAACAAAGCCGGUCUGCAUCAUAGGCAUGGUCUUCGAGCAACAAUCAAAGCUUGUUCUUUGAAGUGGAGAAGAGCUGCAAAAAGGUUGGACAAGCCGUUACAAGAGGGCUCCAUCCCUUUGCAAGAAUAAUAAGAGAAAGCUCAUCGCACACACUCUGAUGAAGAUUGCUAGUAUUUGGUGAUGCAGUGGAAAAAUUUGUGGAGAAUUCAGGGGGUCAUUUGGCCCAGAAUAUGAAACAGCGUGUCUACACCUCGGAUUUACUUGACGACCUCCACUGCAACCUCUGCGCCUUCUCCUCAACAAGCGUCAUGGGUGGGUUUCUGUUCGAGGAAACAUUAUUGUAAGAUUGGAAACUUUUGGAAAAUGUUUCCUUCCUCUGCCAGGAUUCUAUGACCGAUCAUCUGUUGCCAUAGGGUUGUAUCAUUAAAGCGCUUUCCUUAAAUUUAAUAAUCUGAUUAUAAUUCAUGUCAUUCUGAUUUCACGUUCCAGUAAAAUUCGCCCUAGGUUUUAGGCAUUAAAUUAUGACAUUCAGUUUUAGUAUUUGUUUGUGAACUUUCUCAACCUCCCUCGUGGGCCUUCUGGAGCAACCACAAGAUCCACUCUACAGAAGAUUCAUUUUACAUAUACAGUGAGAAUCUUGUAAGUUAUUCGACCUCGACUUAAGUUGCUGUAGGACGGGGAAGACCCCGUCAAUUCCAACCACUGUGGACUGUAAAAUUUUGUAUUUCAUCUUCCUUCUAAUCCUUGGUACAUAAAGACCUUUUACCAAAGAGUUUUAUUUA